GGUGUAGCUAAACGGCGCGACGGCUUCCGGCUCCGAGGCCGCCUAGGGCGGCGCAGGCAUCGCUCUUCGCAGGUGCUCGGUCUAUGGAGUCAUUUGGUGCCGGCGGCGCUGAGGCAGGAGGUGGUGUCCGAGUGGGAGCCUCUGCCCCGCCAGGAUGUUACCGGGCUUGGCCGCCGCCGCUGCGGCCCACAGAUGUAGCUGGUCCUCCCUGUGCCGGCUGCAUCUGCGCUGCAGGGCGGCGGCCCGCAGCCCCAGCUACCGCCAGGAAUGGCAGAAUUUGGUGACAUAUGGAAGCUUUUUGAACUUGGCUUCCUGUAAUGACCUGUACGUCUUUAUGCAGAGACGAGAAAAGUACUCCACAGAUGUUCAGAAAGGAGGACAGGGAUCACAGACCCUCAGAGUAGAAAAGGUACCAUCAAUUGAUGAAGCAGCAGAAAAUAUAGGUGCAGAACUCAAAGCUCCACUUACGAAACAAGAAGCUCUCCAAGUAAGAGUUAAAGCAGUCCUUAAAAAGAGGGAGUAUGGACCAAAGUACACUCAAAAUAAUUUCAUCACUGGUGUCAGAGCAAUAAAUGAGUUCUGCCUUAAAUCCAGUGAUCUAGAACAACUUCGAAAAAUCAGACGGCGAAGUCCCCAUGAAGAUACUGAAUCAUUUACUGUAUAUUUGAGAUCAGAUGUGGAGGCAAAAUCUUUGGAAGUUUGGGGAAGCCUUGAAGCUCUUGCCAGAGAAAAAAAACUGCGUAAAGAAGCAGAAAUAGAAUACAGAGAAAGACUAUUUAGAAACCAAAAAAUAUUGAGAGAAUAUGGAGACUUUCUGGGAAACACCAAGCCACGUUCCAGAACUACAUCAGUUUUUUUUAAGGGCCCGGGUAAAGUUGUGAUGGUUGCCAUUUGCAUCAAUGGAUUAAACUGUUUCUUUAAAUUCCUUGCCUGGAUUUAUACGGGUUCAGCAAGUAUGUUCUCUGAAGCUAUACACUCUUUAUCUGAUACUUGUAAUCAGGGUUUAUUAGCAGUGGGCAUCAGCAAGUCUGUUCAAACACCAGAUCCUACUCAUCCGUAUGGAUUUUCAAAUAUGCGUUACAUUGCUUCACUAAUUAGCGGAGUUGGUAUUUUCAUGAUGGGUGCAGGAUUAUCUUGGUACCAUGGAAUCAUGGGAUUGCUUAAUCCUCAGCCGAUAGAAUCUCUUCUAUGGGCAUAUUGCAUUUUAGCAGGAUCAUUGGUGUCUGAAGGAGCAACACUUCUUGUUGCUUUAAAUGAACUUCGUAGGAGUGCUCGAGCUAAAGGAAUGUCAUUUUACAAGUAUGUAAUAGAAAGUCGUGAUCCUAGUACAAAUGUUAUAUUAUUGGAGGAUACUGCAGCAGUCUUGGGAGUGACAAUAGCAGCCACUUGUAUGGGCCUUACCUCUAUAACAGGCAAUCCACUGUAUGACAGUCUAGGUUCUUUGGGUGUAGGCACCUUACUAGGUGUGGUCUCAGCAUUCCUCAUCUACACUAACACAGAAGCACUAUUAGGGCGAUCCAUCCAGCCAGAACAAGUACAGCGGCUUACUGAACUUCUGGAGAACGACCCCUCAGUAAGGGCAAUUCAUGAUGUUAAAGCCACAGAUCUGGGAUUAGGUAAAGUAAGAUUUAAGGCAGAAGUAGAUUUUGAUGGACGAGUUGUUACAAGGUCAUAUUUGGAAAAACAAGAUUUUGACCAAAUGCUUCAAGAAAUACAGGAAGUGAAAACUCCUGAAGAACUAGAGACCUUUAUGCUUAAACAUGGAGAGAAUAUUAUUGACACUUUAGGAGCUGAAGUAGAUAGACUUGAGAAGGAGCUGAAAAAACGAAAUCCUGAAGUUCGACAUGUAGAUUUGGAGAUACUUUAGAUGUGAUGAAAUGAAUCAUCUUGGAGGGAAUCUUGGAAACAAGUUUGUCAAGCCUGAUCUCGCACCUGGAAGGAGUUAAUGCCAUUCAGAAGCCAUGUUUUUAAAGAUGAGGAAAUACUUUAUGUAAAGGCAAUUCAACAGUCCACAGAAUUAAAAUGACUUCAUAUUUCUAUGAGACAUAUUACAAGUUGAAUUAAUUUGAAAAUCAUGGUUUUUUCUUUUUGUUUUAGUAAGAGACAUUUACUUAAAUUUUUCACAAUUUCUCAUUUUAGCCUGUCAAGAAGUAUUGUACCUUGCAAUCAUGUUCUUUUUUUGGUAAAAAUAAGCAGCAGGCACAGGAUUAUGAUUUUUAAUUUUGUAGCUACUAAAGAUUUCACUCCAUCAAAACCUGCCAAUCUUGAAUAUUCUAGCUAAAUUUUGGUUAGUAGUUUUUAAACUGUUACUAUUUAAAGUUUGUCUUUCCUUAUAGAAUAUAGAAGUUAUUUCUACAUAACAUGUCAUUUUGCCCUGAGCACUAAUAGGAAGAGUCUUCUAACUUAGUUAUCUGUCAAUGUUCAUUCCAGAAAUGGCUUAGUUACUGAAUUGAAGGAAGACAUUUCAGUAUACUUUUAGGUCAUACUAGUUAUUUUGUAAAGUUUCUUACCUUUCCUUUGCUUUUUCCCAUUAUUAUGCAUAAUUUUUCUAAUGAUAGGAGAUAUAAAAUAACUCUAGAUGUUUUCCAUGGAUCAGUGUGAUGACUGGUUUUUUGUUUUUGUUUUCUAACUGGCUUUACUGCCACAGUGUAUAUUUACUUGGAGAUAAUGCAUUUACGAGCAUUUAAACAUUCUGUAAAAUGGACUAGAAUAUUUAUAAUUUUACUUACAGGACAGCAUUUUAUUUUUAAUUUAUUUAAAAAGAUGCACUACUUAUGUAAAUCUGAACUGUGGAAUAUUUCUUGCUUUAAGAGAAAGAGAAGUAAAUCUUUUACGUGGAAACUUGUGGCCAUGAUUUUGUAUAAUAUCAUAGUCAAUGGUGUGUCUGUAACAUGAGUUUCUUGCAGUUGUAAGUGGGCAUUUAUCAUACUAUGUGGCUAUAAAAUUAUGUAAGUAGCAUUGUAAUGAUCAUAAGUUACCAAGUUGAAAAAAUAUCAAUCCAGUAACCGAAAAUUUAGUGAAAAAACACAGCUUUGUCUCCAUUCAUCAAAACAACUCAUAAUGCACUUUAAAUUGUCAGGUAGCAGUGAGCAUUGUCCACACAAGAGUAGUGGCUGAGUGAUCUCUUUGCUGGAUAAGUGAGAGCUUGACAUAAAGACCUAACUACCUGUAUGAGGUCAGUGUCUAAAAUCUUACUUAGAUUGAAGUUUAUGAAUUACAGCAAAUUGUAAUGCUGGAAACAAAAAUAAACAUUUGAUUAAAGAUUUUGUAAUGGCAAUUUUUGAUCUAGAAAUGUCAUUUAUUGGAAAAUUAUGAAAAUUUACAUUGGUGUAAAUUUUUUUACCUCUACAGAGAAUUUUUCAAUCUGUGUAUUUUAAUUGAAAUAACAUUCCAGUUUUAUCUUUUAGGAUAUAAAAUUGUUUUAUAUAUACAAUUGAUUCUGUGUUCUUAACAGUUUCAAAUUCUUCGACCUGACUUAAAAAAAAAAGCUUUAAAAACCCAUUGUAAUUCAUUCUGUUUCCUAUGCUCUUCUUAUGCUCUUCUUGUUUCCCCUCUCCCACCUGCCAUUUGUUAUUCCAUGUCAUUGCCUUAUUGAAAGGUACUAAAUUAUAUCCAAUUUCCUCCUAGUAAAAUUACUCUGAAAAAUUUCUCCUAGGUAGACAAGAAUAAUUAACUCAUUAAAAAAAAAAUUAUGUUGAUGUGAAGUUAUUCCAAACGGUAAGAUUUUUUUCUUUUAGGAUUCCCUUAAAAGGAGGCCCAUUCUUGGUAUUUAAGUUUCUAGUCUGAUUUUGAUUGAGAUCAUAUCUAUUCCUAAAUAGUAAUUGAAAGCUUAUGUUUUUAUCAUUUCUUUCCAGUUCUGUUCUGCACUGAUAUUUUAAUUUGUUUAAGCAAAAUUUGAUAUAAAGAAGUAUAGAAUACCUAAGAAUUUGAGUAUUUCUGUGAAACUAGGAAAUGUGUGACAUCCUUUUUAUUUUUUAAUUUUUUGAGUCAAAUUUGAUUUUUAAAACUGAGGAAUUUAAUCUCUUUCUUAAAAAUAAGAUAAUAGGAUUCUUGGAUUUUUUCCCCCAAAGUUGUCUUACCCUGAUGUAUAGCAUUUGAAUGUUUAAGUAUAUGUUACUCUUAUUUCCAAGGAAAAUAACUUUUAUAGUAAGCUAUGAUAACUAUCAAAGGUAAGGUAACUUGUUUUCAGUUUUGGCUGAGAAUGAAUCUUUAAUCAACUAUAUAAGUAGCAGGCCCCAAACUAUUAAAAGUGGCACAUUUUUAAAACCAUGGCAGUGGGAGGAUGAGGAAAGAAAAUCUAUUUUUAAAUGGAUCAUGCUGGCGGUCAAUUGUAUCCAGUUCUAAAGAGGAAGAUUUCUGAACAUACAUUGAAGAAACUGAGAAUCAGAUUGGAAAUUUUUCAGUUUUUCAUCAACACGGUUUAUUUUUGCAUAUAACCUCCUCCUCCGACAUGUGCGCAUGCACACAUGAAAUAGCCCAGAAUAAAAAUAUGAUAGAUUUUGGAUUUUAAGUUGACAUAUAUUUAAAUAUUACCUUAACUCUCCCCAAAAUUUGGGUACUUCUUUUUGCCAAAAUUAUACCAUCUCAGGAAAAUGACUUAAGUUUGAAAUCUGAUAACUUUUUGAGUUAAAAUGCCUGGAAUUACAGAAAAUCACAUAGGAAUUUGGAAUCUAUGCUGUCUUUCUUAGUUUGCAUUUGUCAGGAUUUGACAUUUCUUUUAAAUGUGCUGACCCCCAAUUUGCCGUAGUUUCAGAAGUCAAUGAAGCAAAGAAUUGGAGGUAAGAUGUUGAUUCAAAGAUUAUCUCCCCUAAAUCCCUCUUCCCUGUUUCUGGAAUGGGAUUUUGAAAGGCAUUUAUACAGAAGUUUGGUCUGGCAGCCUUUAAAUUUUAAUUUAAGUUUACUAGCAUCGCUAGGCUUGGUUUUAUGGAAAAAGAAAAUUUUUCUUCCUGAUGUGUUGUAUUACAGCUAUCUGAUUUUGCCAUCAUAGUAUGAUGGCCCUGGUACCUCAGGAUAUGUUUUUCCUUAAUAAGUGCCACUUGUGAGUUAGGGCAGUUCACUUACUAGUUUGGAAUUUUUUUCCCCCUUGAUAAAAAAAUGUUAAAA